GGCUAUAAGUCGCCUGGUAGACACGCACGGCAACGACCGUGAAGAUGCAGACGAAGAUGUCGGUCAAUCCUUUGCUGAUCGUGCACUUCGUGAUACGACCCAACUGCAUCAUUCUCGCUAUAUCGCCCUGGACUGGAUUCCUUCAACCUCUAAUGAAGUAGAGAGACUCUUCUCACGGGCAGGCCUGGUGCUUACUGUUAAUCGGCGGGCGAUGCACCCAACCACGCUGGAGACGCUGCUCUUCCUCGAGUAUAAUCGUACUUUGUGGGACCCCCAGCUUGUUGCAUCUGCCGUUCAGCAGGUAGAGCGUCGUACGCGACGGCGAGUUGAGUGA